UCUCCUAUAGAGUCUUCUUUCCAUAACCAAACCAAACAAAAAAACUUCUCCUUUUUGGUAAUACUUUGUCGGUACAAACUUAAAAGAAGAGAAAGCAAAAUAAAAAUGAGAAGAGUUAGUUGGUCUACUGUUUUGAUUGUGGUGGUGAUGGUGGCGUUUUUUGUUGUAGAACAGGCUUCUGCGGGGAGGGUUCUAACGGAAAGAUCUGAGAACGGAACGGUGGAGAAGAUGAAGUCGACGGUUGAUUCGUGGUUUCAGCGGUUGGCGUCCGGUCCGAGUCCAAGAGGUCGUGGCCAUUAAAUUACUUUCUUUUUUCUUCCUUUUGGUUGGACAUACAUAUACCGGCCUGAACAAACAGUGAAAACUGUAUUCCAUUCAUUUGUUUCUUUAUUUAUUGUUUUUUUUUCUGAGUUCUUUAGGCAAACUUCACAUACUAUUUUGUGACAGAAGCUAAAAUAUACAUGUACAUGAUUUUACCUUUGUUGG